UCCCAUUCUGUCAGGCCAGGCCACUCUUGAUUGGGGACAUACAUCCUUGCCUGCCUGAGCUCGAACACUAAAACAGAGCGGUGAUUACAAGCAGGUGCACAGAUGACUGAGGCAGAGGGGGGCUGAGAGGGACCGGGGGAAAAGUUUGGAUGGUCCGUGUGAUGCGGCGACGAGCAUCAUGUCCUUAAUGAAAAGGGCACCUGUGUUGCUCCGAGGACUACUAGCCAGCAGCCCUGCUCUGUGGUGGCACGACUGGGCGAACCCCGAUCUGAUCUGACCGCCUGCUGGGACUGGAAGUGGAUGGAAAUCUCCGAGGUGUAAAAAUGCGGUUGUGGUGGAUUUUACUGUUUGGUUUUUGGAGUGUCUGUGGGGAACUGCCGUUCAUAGCGGAGAACAACGCGGCUAUGUUGGUCAACUGGAAUGCUGUUGAUGGGAACAAAAAGCUGUACGCCAUCUACGAUACGAGCGUCAACGAGCCGGGGAACAUGUCUUACGUCAAAGAGACUGUGGAUAAACUGUUGAAAGGAUAUGAUAUCCGUCUCCGGCCGGACUUUGGAGGUGCACCGGUGGCUGUUGGCAUGAGUAUAGAUGUGGCGAGUAUAGACAUGGUGUCAGAGGUCAACAUGGACUACACAUUGACGAUGUACUUCCAGCAGUAUUGGAGAGAUAAGAGACUGGCCUAUGCAGGGAUCCCUCUCAACCUGACACUGGACAACAGAGUAGCAGACCAGCUCUGGGUCCCAGACACCUACUUCCUCAAUGACAAGAAGUCCUUUGUUCACGGUGUCACGGUUAAGAACCGAAUGAUUCGACUACACCCGGAUGGCACCGUUCUCUACGGCCUCAGAAUCACGACGACAGCAGCCUGCAUGAUGGAUCUGAGGAGGUACCCGCUGGACGAACAGAACUGCACUCUGGAAAUUGAGAGUUAUGGUUACACAACAGAUGAUAUCGAGUUCUACUGGAAAGGAGGAGACACUGCUGUGACCGGGGUGACACGCAUCGAGCUCCCUCAGUUCUCCAUAGUCGACUACAAACUGGUUUCCAGGAACGUGGUCUUUUCCACAGGUGCCUACCCUCGACUGUCUCUGAGCUUCAAGCUGAAGCGAAACAUCGGAUACUUCAUCCUGCAGACGUACAUGCCCUCCAUCCUCAUCACCAUCCUAUCCUGGGUGUCAUUCUGGAUAAAUUACGAUGCCUCGGCUGCCAGAGUUGCAUUAGGGAUCACCACUGUCCUGACCAUGACAACCAUCAACACCCAUUUAAGAGAGACUCUGCCCAAGAUCCCCUAUGUGAAAGCUAUAGACAUGUACCUGAUGGGCUGCUUCGUGUUUGUCUUCCUUGCUCUGCUGGAAUACGCCUUCGUCAACUACAUCUUCUUUGGACGAGGUCCUCAGAUGCAGAAGAAACUGGCUGAGAAGGCGCAGAAGGCAAAUAAUGACCGGGAUAAAUUUGAUGGACCCAAGUCCGUACUGGAAGGAGGCAAUUGCAAGUCUUCGUCUGUUAAACAGUCCAAUCAGGUACAAGGGCGUCGUCACUCACGGCGGGUCGACUCCCAGGGGAACAUUUUGCUGACAACCUUGGAGAUCCACAACGAGGUGGGAGGGAAUGAGAUCACAACCACUGUGAGCGAGACCCACAACUCCUCCUCCAUGGUGUACGACAACUCGGGGGUCCAGUACAGGAAGCCAAGCGGGCCACGCUCCAGCCUGGACAGGAACGCACAUCUAAAGAAAACUCGGCUGCGGAGACGAUCCUCGCAGCUCAAAAUCAAAAUCCCGGACCUCACCGAUGUGAACGCCAUCGACAGAUGGUCACGGAUAAUAUUCCCCUUCAGCUUCUCCCUCUUCAACAUCAUCUACUGGCUUUACUACGUCAACUAACGCACUGAUGUUUUUUAAACCCAUUUCUGUCUCUGUGUCAUUUCUGACUUCUUUAUGUGAAGAACAUUAUACGGUGAAAACCUAAUCAACUUUUUUUUAUCAUAGCGUGAGCAGACUUUGAACUGUGACUCAGACACAAGGAGUCAUCUGCAGGACAUGUAUUUUACAAAGAUGUUCAGAGCACUGAGACUUGUGAAGAGCUGGGACAUUAUAUCUCAUGGGUCGAGCCACAGACUCUUUGUGGUGUUGUGUAUCAAAGAGCAUUUACACUGCUUUAUGUCAGUAUAAAAUGUGGUCGCUGUGAUGCAACUUAAUGCUAACGACGAGACAGCUGACGAAGAUUCAUACUGUUAUUACAGUUGUCUGUCGAUCUGCACAUGGACGAAUAUGAUCAUAUAAACAGACUCCAGACAGGUCAGAGUUUGAAAUCAUUUGCAGAGAAGCCAGAUUUAAAGGAACUGUUCAAUCUUUUGAGAAAUACACCUUUUCCAUUUCUUGCCGAGAGUCAGAGCUGUUUUCACACCAAGCAUGGAUUUUCAUCUGAAACAUUUGCACAGAAAUUUGAGAGUUUGUGGGGUCUCAUGAAUGGUUGCACACCCCUGUAGAACGCUUGUGCAGGGGCCUCGAUUUCCACCAUAGAUAAAUAAUAAUACCUAGAUACUGGACCCCAAGAUGGCGCCUGUUUAGUCCAGUGAAACUUUUAGCUCCUGAGUUUACUUCUGAGGUACCAGAACCACUAAAUAUGUGCAGCGACGUUUCUCACUGGCUCCCCCACAGGUUCCCUCUUGGCUCAUAGACCUUACAUGAUGACAUCACAGAUUUUUCAAAAUUUACAACUAUAAAACCUCCGUGGCUCAGAUAUUCAUAACUAAUAGUCAUAACUGACCUUGUUUGCAGUUCAAGGUGUCCUGUCUACAGUUUCUUUUAUAAUCGUGGUCUAUGAGAAAAAUGCUAUUAGGGCCACGGGGAUUUUUUUCGUUGCAAUACCAGAAGUGGCCACUGGUAGAAAUUGGAAGCAAGGCUGAGUGGUGUUCCUGGGGCCCUGAUUUCUGCCUGUGGAAAUAUACAUUUGGUCGAUUAAAUCUUUUAUUCCAACUGAUGUCAUACCUCCAGGUCGUAGCUAGCUUGUUGCCAAAAUAGGGGAACGUCUUAUUAGUUUGGUUUCUCAACACCUAACAUUGUACAACAAACACCGCGACUACCUCAACAACUAAAUAAAGGGUGAUAUAUAGCUUUAGAUCACUCAGCAGCUUGCUAACGCUAUAUGCAUGUCACAGAACAGCUAGCAUUAGCAUCAUCAAAUGAAUUGUGUGCUUGAAGUUAGCCCCUUAGACAUUCUCUCUCACCUGGAUGUCCUUGCUGCAGCGGCUGUGGAUUCGAUCGGUUCUGCAUGUUGCCCCCUGUCUCUCCCUCUUUCACAGUCAAUUUGUCCUAUCUUAUGAAGACAAAAAAAGUCAAGGCAACAUGGAUAAUUCACACUGGCCCACCCUGUGUGAAAUAUUCAUCAUGCGAAUUUUCCAUAUUCCUGCACCACAUUUUUGCAUCACACUGGUGAGAAACAGCUUUUAGAUGAGAAGAUUUCACACCACUGUCACGCACAUAUGCUAAACAUGAAGCUACAGCCAGCAGCCACUUAGCUUAGCUUAGCAUAAAGACCAGAAGCAGGGGGAAACAGCUCAACAUACUUCCUAAAACGUUGAACAAGUCCUUCAUUCGCCUUUGUCGCUGAUGCUAGCGACUGUUCGCCGGUUGUGUUGAGGUGGACACUGGGACUGCUGUGACCUCGCUCCGAUGAAUAACGGAGUUUAACACUGUGUAAGAACGUCAAAAAGUAGCUUUGAUUUCAGAGCCCAGGUUUAUGAGCAAGAGAGGCUGAAGGAAAUCAUACCAGCAUUUUAUAAAGCUGUCAUUCUGUCAUUCACUGCCAUUACUGAAAGGAAUAUUUGACAGUUUUGGAAAAUAUGCUUAUUUGCUUUUUGCUAAGAUUUAGAUGAGAUGAUCCGUGCCUCUCAGUCAGUUAGCUUAGCUUAGCAUAGAGACUGUAAAUAGGGGAAUGUGCUUAUUUAAUCCAUCAUCUCUUUACAUGAACAUAAAUGCAAAAUGUCCUGUAACUAUUUUUUGGCCGAGCACUGUGAUUUCCACAACUUGUCCCUUUUAACGUUUCUGUAUAAACAAACAAGAAUUUACAUGCUAAUUAGCAGGGCUGCCCCCUAAAAGUUGUUAGUGGACCAGAAAGGUUAUUAGUCGGCAAGAUUUCAUUGAUUGCUUGUCGCAGUAGCAAAAAAAAAAAAAAAAACCUGUGAAACGUGAAUUUAAUUUGAAAGGACAGACACAGGAAGUGUCCACGCUCAGCAGUCAGACAGGAGUCAGGUUAAUUUCCAGGGCUGGUACCUGCGGUUAUUCCACAGGCUAGUUAAUAACAUGUCGGGCAGGAAAUCCAAAGUGUGGGAUCAUUUUGAGAAGGUGAAGGACGAACCCAAGGUGAUAUGUAAACUCAUCUUCAUUGGUCGACUACAAACAUGACGUAUCAUCUGAAACAUGGAAGUAGCUACAUGCCCAUUAGCCCACAGCGUCAUUAACAGGCGGCUCGCUCAGUGUGUGACGUGCACUUGUAGAUAAAAUAUAGGCCUAUAUUAAUGAAGGUUCAUUAGUACGGUUUUGUAUUUCUCUGUAAUGUAGCACAGUGUUAACAAUGUUACUGAUACUAUUCUUUCUCACACCUUCAACUCAAACCACCAAAAUAUAUCAUUUAAUCAUUAAAUCAAUAUCGUAAACAUGCUGGAGACUAGUCGACUAAUGGCCCUAAAUGACGACUGUUGGUCGACCAGGAAGAUUCUUGGUCGGGGGCAGCCCUGCUAAUCAGUGACCUUUAAUGCUGCAGCAAGGCUAACAGUUUCCCUCUGUGUCCAGUCUUUAAGAUAAGAUAAGCUAAGCUAAGCUAACAAGCUGCUGGUUGUAGCUUCCUGUAGGGUACAGACACAAGAGUGGUGUCAAUUUCUUCAUCAUACUCUUGGCAAGAAAGUGAUUGAGAGUAUUUCCCAAAGUAUUUCCCCAUGACAGUUGAAAAAAAGGUUCCCAGGCUUUUACAGUAAGCACGAACAAUAUCUGAUCAGUUUACACUAUUUAAUUUCCUGUUAUUGUGCUUUGAGGAUCGCUGUCACAAUAUUUUACUGAUUUGUGAAACCCAUAUUUAAUACAGCUUAAUUCACAUGGCGACUCUUUUUUUUUCUUUCAGACUGCAGGUUGUAUUGGAGACUGAGUGCAGAGAUCUCAUGUCAGAUUUCUUGAUCCUCCAUGAAGUUUAAUGUACAUACUGUUACUGCACAUUUUCUUCAGUUCACGUUAAUUACAUGCCUUUGUUGUCAGCAGUGUUUUGCUCAGUGAUUUCUGGCCUCGCUGUUUUUGUUUGUUAGUCUUUGCACAACAUUUCCUAUUUGUGUUGUAAAUA